AUGUCUGUGGAUAUAUCAGUUUAUAAUGGUUAUGCCCAUGGUGAUAUUUGUCACACCUUUGUAGCUGGUGUGGAUAGUCACUCUGAUUAUUGUGAUCUGGAAGCUGGUGCACAGAUAAAAGCUGCUGUCUACUUGUGCACUGUCGCUCAAAAGUGUCAUGAUGCUGGUAUCAGUGUUUGCGGUCCAAAUGCUCCUUAUACACCUAUUGCGGAAGCAGUCACGAAAUGUGCCGAUGCAUUUCAGUGCCCGUUUAUGGAUAAUAGAUGUUGGAUAUUGGAAGGCCUGUACAACCUUGAAAGUGGCAGCAAUUUGAUUAACUUUGACAUUUGUUUGUCGUUUGGUUGCUUCUUUGAGGCUGACAUGAAAAAUCCAAUCGAAUUAAAAACUAAAGCUAAUGAGCUUUUUAAAAAAGGGCUAUACCGAGAAGCUAUUGGCUUAUAUGACGAAUGCCUUGGUUUAUAUGGGGUUGAUAAGAGUAUGAAAUUGGUGUUACAACGCAACAAAGCCCAGUGUUUUUUAAACCUGAGAAACUUUGGUGACGCCCUGACGGCUGCCCUGGAAGCUCUCAGUAUCUCUCCUGGUGAUCCAAAGGCGCUCUAUCGUUGUGCACAAGCAUAUGAAGGUAAAGGAAUGUUAAAAGAAGCUUUAGAAACUGGAAGAAGGCUUAUUCUGGUUGACCCUAAGAAUAAAGCAGCUCAGAAUCUGACUCACAAACUGGAAACUUCAGUUGCUUCGUACGUCGCAGAAUCUGAAAGCCUUACAGGGAAACUAAACAAGAUGUUCGACAUCGUAAAUGACAACUCCAGCUCUGCCGAUCAAAUAGAACAGGCUAUAGUUAAUUUAUCUAUCUUGAUAAAAGAAAACCCUAAAGUUGCAAGUUCACUGAUCUGGACAAAUCCCAAUUUGUCGAAGAUUUAUUCCGUUUGCCGGAACUUUAAUCAUAAUUUUAGUCAUAAUAUCAACACAAGAAUACAAGUACAUCCAUAUGAAAAAUCUCGAAUAGCCAGGUAUCAAUCAUACUAA